AUGGUGAGCGCUGCGGGCUCGUGGAGUGGCGGCAGCGAUGAUCCCAUGGGCAGCGACCCGUCUCCCGCGGCGUGGACCACCGGCAGCGACGCGACCGGCCUUGUGACCGGCGGGCCGCGCAUGGCGCUCGAAGAGGGCGAGGGCGACGAGGGGGAGGAGAUGGCGGACGGGUGGGCGCUGGGGGACGGCGGCUGGGGGGAUGAGGAGGCGCAGGGGGAGGCGGACGUCGAGGAGCGCGCGGAGGGCAGGAGCCUGGCGGAGGAGGGCGCGGAGGAGGAGAGCGCGGCGGAAGAGAUGGAGGGAGAGAUGGCGGAGGGUGAGGGGGAAGGGGACGAGGAGGAGGAAGAGGGGCGCAUGCUGGCUGAGGGCGACUGGGAGGAGGAAAGCGAGGCGAGCGAGGUGGGCGAGGAGGAGGAGGAGGAGAGCGAGGAAAGCGAGGAGAGCGAGGAGGGAAGGAUGCUUGCAGAGGGAGAGGAGGAGGAGGAUGAGGAGGUGGACGAUGGCGAGGAGGAGGAGGAGGAGGAGAUUGAGGGAGCGGAAGGCAGGAUGCUGGUGGAGAGCGGAGACGUGGAGGAGGAGGAAGAGGCGGAGGGCGGGGAGAUGGCGGGUGAGGAGGCGGAUGAGGAGGAAGAGGGCAGAGUGCUGGCGGAAGUGGAGGACGAAGAUGAGGAGAUGGAGGGCGAGGAUGUGGAGGAGGCGGAGGAGGCGGAGGAGGAGGGGAGAGCUCUUGUGGAGGACAGCGAGAGCGAGGAGGAAGCAGGUGGAAUGGAUGGUGACGCGGACGAGGGGGGUGAUGAGGCUGACGGACUUGAGAUGCCCAGGGAGCUUCAGGAGGAGGAGGAGGAGGAGGAGGAGGAGGGGAUGGAGAGUGACGAGGAGGAGGAGGUUGAGGAUGAAGAGGGGGAUGAGGAGGAAGGGAUUGAGUUUCCACGCAAGCUGGCUGACGAGGACGAGAAGAAGGGCGAGGAGAAGGAGGAGGAGAAGAAGGAGGAGAAGAAGCCGGGGCCCGACAACAGCCCCCGCAAGGCAGGCCCCUCCGAUGCCAAGGAUGCCAAGGCCUAG